UUGCACAUUAGAGGCGGGGGUGGGACCGACGGAGAAUUUUGCAAAAACAAGCGCCCGCAUACAACAAAACAAGCGUUUUGUCGAUGUGCAAAAAAGUUUGAGCUUAAUUAUCUGAAGAUUUUCUUUCGUACAUAAUUGAAGAAGAAUGGAUUUUCUAAGCUGUCGAGCAGGUUUGCUUUGAAGGCGAACGAGUGAUGAGGCCGCGGUCAUAAACAUUCAUGACGAAAAGAUUUUUCAUCGAUUGACCCGCGGAUGACCCAACUAGAUUGCUCCCUUCCGUGGUCGGUCUGUUUCUGGGCGUAACUUUUCCGCCCCAGUCCUUAAAUAACCACAAAAGCAGUUCCUUUCGAAUUCGAUUUUUGCAUGCUAUCGUCGAGCGAACAUGACUCCUUCGUGUUGUGCCACCCCAGUCGACCCCGUCACCAGCACAACCCUCGCAAGUGCCCGAACCGACUCUAGAAUUUAGGGUAAUGAAGAGCGAUAAGAGCCUUUUUCAAGAAAAUUCUCCGGAGAAGAAAAACCAGUCUUGGAUCCAAUGAAGCGCCCUUGUACGUCUGCAGUGAUCAGUGCCCUUGAGACAUCAACAUGCCGAAGUGUGCAAGUUCUGCUCUUGAUCUCGGCCUUCUUCCACAGUUAUCAUGCUUUGGAGAAAAUUCACCAACUCACAGCAGACCUCGGUCAAAACUUGACCCUUCCGUGCAAAGACCCAGGUGACGACGAGACUUUCAACUCAGCAAACGUCGAGUGGAUUUUCGAAGGCACUUCCGUCAAGGGCAAAAGACAGAGCAACCGUAUCAGGCCAGAUGGGAGUCUUGCCUUGGUACAACUGCGGGUGGAAGACGCAGGCAUUUACGAGUGUUCCGUUGAACCUGAUGUUGCAGCCAGAAAUAGAUUUAGGGUCAAUGUGCGAACUCCGCCUCCAGCGUUGGUGAAUGUUUCUGUCGAGCCGUCUUCAGUGCUGGCAUUGUUACUCUGGAGUGUCUCUGAUGACGGAGGCUACCCAGUUCUGCAUUUUGAAGGUCGUUUCAAACUAAAGUAUGAAAAAGAUAUCUGGCACCCAAUCACCCCAAAAAACAUAGCGCCCAAUGUGCGCCAAAUUGAUGUCUACCACCUCCAUCCAAACUCAACUUAUGUGUUCCAAAUUUGGGCUACCAACCAACUUGGGCCAGGGGAACCUACUGAAAGGGUGGCUAAGACCCGUCAUGAUGAGGAAGAGAUUGAGCUCGCCAAACUGCUGCUGGAGGGAGCCGAAACUUUUGAUACUCGGAUUUGGGUUGGAGCCGUUGUGAUUGUGAUGGGUACUCUGGCCAUGUUGGCUGGCGGAACAUUUUAUUUGCUGUACAAAGAAUGCAAAUUCUCAUCGCUUUUCAGUGAUGAUGACGACGAUGAGGUGAUAGAGCUGGUGCCGAACAUUAUUUUAAACCCAGCCUAUUACGUCGAGCCACUGGAACUGGACGAGAAUUUCAACGACCACUUUGCAAUGCGAAUGAACAAUAACACUGUCAUUCAGCCGGUGCGUGUUUGACCCUUCAGCCACCUUCGGAGCGGUAAUUGGUGAUUUGCUGUAAGUUGAUUGAAAAACAAUUUAGAAACGCGCCGUACUUGUUCAAUUGCUGUAUUUGCGUGAAUUUAGAAAGAGACGAGCCAGGAUAGCGCAAGCAAGCAGAUCAAGCAAGGUUGUAAAAAAAAUAUUGUUUGCCUAUCAAAGAGACGAAACCGAUAAGACUUAAGAGCAACAACUGCGCUAAUAAUUAUGUUUCUAGCAGUUUUAAAAUGCUUCUUAGUGCAGACGAAAACGUAAAACUGGAAAUUAGGAUAUAAAACUGAUUGUGCGUAAAUUAGGUAAUAACGUAAUUUAGAGGCAAAACGCCCCAAGGUGUUCGAGACGCAACAGACGCGAAAAUAAUAAUUUUUGCCUGGUCCUGUUUUCCUCGAUCCAGCAGGUGAUACUCAAAAGCAGUUCCGUAAAAUGCCUUUAUGAAGUUCAGGGAGAGUUUUGUCAAGUUAAAAAAAAAGAGAAAAGGUUAGCUGCUGAUUAUUUUCGAACAUUAAUUUCUGCAAAUCUAGAGUUCAUUUUCUGAUUUUUGAGAAUUUUUUAAUAUUUAAAAUUUAGCAAACAAAUUUAGUUGACAUAACAUUUUUUAAAUUAUUUUGUAUUUUCAUGCCUCUGAAAAUUUGCAAUAGUUGCACAUAUCGUACAUACUUAGAUUGCAGCAUCAAUUUUAAAUGUUGAUUGAAAAGUACUUAAUUGGAAUGAGUGUUAGGGCCGCCCUGAACAAAUUUUCGCGUCUUGGGGCAUUUGCAGUUACACACCCUGUUGAGCUGUCAGUGUUAGGAGUAGCCAUACGUGAAUGUAAUUUGUGUAGAGUUAUGAUGUCUGUGUCAUAACAUUUGACUUAAAUACUGUCUGUGGGAUUUUAAAAUUGUCGAGGCCACUCGACAAGCUUGAUGUCUCAACGCUACGUAACUAUUUCUCUUUACUUUCCUACCCAAGAGUGAUAUUAAUGCUUCUGAGGAAGCCUGAUCUAAUCUAUGCCAACUUGCCGAACAACGUUUUCUUACAAAUAAGUGCAUUUUUCUUUUCCUUUUGCUCAAUAUUUGUAAUUCUGGUUCAAAUGAUUUUUUCGCAUUUUUUUUUCUAACCUACGAAAUGUUGAAUGUUGUUGCAACUCUUAUACUUCACACAUAGAAAAAUUAAGGUGGCCAUUUCCCAGCUCUGCAAUUAAACAUGCUCAUCCCACAUUUUUUAUCCCGCUGCGAAAAAUGACGUUAGAAAGCCCCUGAGUUUUUGUGCUGCACAACAAACUGGGGUUUCCAAGCUCAAAGUACCAAUGUGAUGAAGCUAGGAUAUUUUAAACAAUCUUUUUGAGUGCUUCAAAAUGUUCAAAACCGCAGUCAGCAUAGGUGCUGUUGGCCUAUGGACUUGUUAAGAUGGAACUGCCUCUUGAAAACAAAAUAGCCGAAGUAGCUGGUUAGGCGCCGCAACUGCCCCCACGCUCCCCAUCUUGUGUUUAGUGCUGAGCAUAAACUUAAUUUAUUGUUCCUUGCAGAUAUAAUCACGCUGAAAUAUGCAAAUUCGUUGGCUUAUUUCAAUUAACAAAAUUGUUAAUAUCAAAAUUAUAAUUUUAAUCUCUUCAUUGCAGAAUAUAUUGUUUAUUACUUUUUUUAAUGCCUGAAAAGUCUGAUAUAAACAAAUAAAACAUUACGAACAACUACUAGAAUUGGAUGCCCCAAUUCUGACCAUGAAAGUCUGGGAAUAAAUGAGCAAUAAUAAUUUGAAAAAUUUUGGUCAUGCAUAGAAUCGUCUCCAAACAAGUGCAGGAGUUUUUUGCUUUCACUUAUUUCAUCUGAAAACUUGUGCUGUGUAAAAAUAUUUGAAAAUUCGCAAAAAAAAAAAAAUAUCAGAAAAAGUAAAUAAUUUGGAUUGUCUCCACUAAUAUGCAUAAUUAUAUUAGUUUCAUAAUUAUUAUAAUAUGUUUCUUUUUUUACUUUUUAUUUCGUGUCGCUCAACAUUUGAAAUUUUGAGCAUGUUCAAAUAUUUGCACACAAACAACAUCAAUACGCGGAGCGCGCUAACGAUAGUUAAAAAAAAUGCUUCAGUCUUUAAGUCUCGCAUUCUUUUUUAAUAGUUGCUCAUAAGCGGAGCUGGAUUAUUUUAUAGCAAAAAUAACAAACGUUUGCUUUUAUUUCAGAACCAGUUAAAAAAUAAAUAUUUAACUACUUUUUUAUAAAAUGGUGAUAAAAUUUUCAGCAUUUUUUUAAUUUUUUUGAGAUUUCAAAUAAUUUGUCCUUUUGGUCGCAAGCAGAAAAUAUUAAAAAGCAUUUUUACAAAUUAAGCAAUUUUUAAGGUGGGCAAUGCUCGUUUAAGUUUCAUCACAAAAUAAUCAUUUGAUGUAAGAAUAAUGAUAGUAAAAAUGAUUUGCUGUCAUAUCAAGGCGCCUUAACGUAGCAAAGGAUGUAUUUUUAUGUGCUUGAAAAAAAGUAAUCAACGUAGAGCUAUUUGUAUGACUCAAUACGCAGCUAGCGCUCAUUUGAUUCAUGAUCAACUCACUAUGUCAUUCCUCAUCAGAUUAAAAUAAACGAAAAUUUCAUUGGUACGAAAAAACAUCAGCAAUAUGUGAUAUUUGUUGAAUUGUGUGUUCAGCACGGGCAAUGCAUUAAUUUAAUGUUAAAUUUGUAUGAUAGCGGUAGAGGUGGAAUCGAAACGAGAUGAUCAUGCUUUUUAGUCAAACGAAAAGACUUUUUGCAUCACGGCUGCGAUCAUUUAUUUAAAAAAAACAAAAAUGCGCGGCAAAGCAAACUGAGAAAUGGUUGUUAUUCGAAAGCAAAAUUGAUGUAUGUACUUGCAGCUCUUUUGUCAACGAGGAUUGUACUGAUUGUGAGCAAAAAUGUGAAUAAUAUUAAAUUUGGAAGACCCAUGUGUAUCUAAUAUUGGUGUUUUUUAAUUAAUUUCUAGCAAA